AUGAACCAAUACAGCCAAACCCAAUCUGCAGGAGCUUAUCCUACGCCGCCCGUAUCUACCGGUCCGUACGUUGCACCGCCACCACUUGGUUACCCAACGAACGACACGAGCCAUGUCAAGGUGGCUCCGGUCGAGACAAAGUCUAAGGGUGAUGGAUUCUUGAAAGGCUGUCUCGCGGCUAUGUGUUGCUGUUGCGUCCUCGAUGCUUGCUUCUAG